CCGCCUCGCCCGCUCUAGUCCAGCGGAGCCGGAGCGCCUCGGACCAAUCCCCGGUGAUUAUGCAAGACAGCGGACCAAUCAGCUCCGCCAGCUCAUGAAUAUUUAUGACCUUGGCUGAGUCAAAGCUUUGAAGCGAGUUUGGGGAGCUCGGCAGCAUCAUGCUUAGACUUUUCAAAGAGACAAACUCCAUUUUCUUAUGAAUGGAAAGUGAAAACCCCUGUUCCGCUUAAAUUGGGUUCCUUCCUGUCCUGAGAAACACAGAGACCCCCAAAAGGGAAGCAGAGGAGAGAGAGAGACCCACACCCAGACCCCGCGAGAAGAGAUGACCAUGACCACCAUGCCAGAAAGUCUCAACAGCCCCGUGUCGGGCAAGGCGGUGUUUAUGGAGUUUGGGCCACCCAACCAGCAAAUGUCUCCUUCUCCCAUGUCCCACGGGCACUACUCCAUGCACUGUUUACACUCGGCGGGCCAUUCGCAGCCCGAUGGCGCCUACAGCUCGGCCUCGUCUUUCUCCCGACCGCUGGGCUACCCCUACGUCAACUCGGUCAGCAGCCACGCGUCCAGCCCCUACAUCAGUUCGGUGCAGUCCUACCCGGGCAGCGCCAGCCUCGCCCAGAGCCGCCUGGAGGACCCAGGGGCUGACUCCGAGAAGAGCACGGUGGUGGAAGGCGGUGAAGUGCGCUUCAAUGGCAAGGGGAAAAAGAUCCGCAAACCCAGGACGAUUUAUUCCAGUUUGCAGUUGCAGGCUUUGAACCGGAGGUUCCAGCAAACUCAGUACCUAGCUCUGCCCGAGAGGGCGGAGCUCGCGGCCUCCUUGGGACUCACGCAGACGCAGGUCAAGAUCUGGUUCCAGAACAAGCGUUCCAAGUUCAAGAAACUGAUGAAGCAGGGCGGGGCGGCUCUGGAGGGUAGCGCGCUGGCCAACGGCCGGGCGCUGUCCGCGGGCUCCCCGCCAGUGCCGCCCGGCUGGAACCCCAACUCCUCAUCUGGGAAGGGCUCGGGCGGCAGCGCGGGUUCCUACAUCCCCAGCUACACGUCGUGGUACCCCUCGGCGCACCAAGAAGCUAUGCAGCAACCCCAACUCAUGUGAGGUUGCCCGCCCGCACCCUCCCGCCUCCUUCCCGUCUCCCCCCCGGCCCGGGCCCCUCCCGCCUCCCGGUCCAACCACCCUGUCCGCAAGCCCUGGGCCUGGAGAGGGGCCCAGGGGCAAAGAAGAAGGAACAGCGAAGGCAGGACGCCCGCCACCUCCUUGGAGUCCCGCGCGGUCUGGACCGGCGACUUCCCGGCGCCCACGCCCUCGCCCUCGCCCCGGCCUAGGCCGCGCGGUGACAGCAGACAGCGGCCUCCGAACGCAGGCACAAGCUCCCGAGGCAGCCAGAGCAGCAAGACGAGCCAGCCGGACCCGACUCGCCGACCCUCAGCUACGUGGGACUAUCAGGAAAAAACAAAACAAAACAAAACAAACAAACAAAAAACACCCACAAAAAAAACAAUGUAGAAAAAGCAAAAGCUUUUUUUUUUCUGUUCUGUCUGUCUCUUGUCUCCUUUCGCUCUGUAUCUGUGCGCUGACGAAGUCGAGGUCCUCGUCUGUCCGCUGUCCUCGUUCUGCGGCCUCUGAAAAAAGUCACCAGGUCGGAAGAGGCUCGGGCCGCCGGCCGCCCAGUUCCACAUGCUGGGACGUUUUGUCCUUUCGGACCUUCUCCUGGGCCUGCCUAACCAUCUGGGUAGCUCGUUCGGGAAUUGGGGGAAAUUGGAGGGAGGGGGUUUUAUU